GGCCCUUUAUAGAAAGGCCACUGUUACAGGAAAUCAUUGUGUUUUCUCCGCCUCCUUGCUGAUAUCACAGUCUGCAGAAAAAGAGGAUCUGCUUCUGAAAAUCAGAGCACGACGACCAGAUGGUGCCAGAUAGCACAGUGCAGUUUGUUGCACACAGAGAAGCUGCCACUCCUCACUGGAAGUCCCUGUGCCAAGACUUCUCUCUGGGUCAUCUUCUAGAAAAAACCCUGCAGUCUGGAAGGUUGAAGAUGCCUCAAUCUGACCUGCACCCGUCCAUCCCACGGCCCAGGGGUUCCAGAGCCAAAAACGUAGCCUUAAUCCUGUUGGCAGCCUGCUUGCUGGCCAUCCAGUGGGAGAAUUCCUUAAGCUACAGCUUCUGGUGGCUGAUACUCCACCUGGCCUCACUGCAGGUAGGACAGCUCUUUAAGAGAGCAUGCCUCAUGGCAGAGGAGCUAUGCCACACCUACUCCAGGUACCAGGGUAGCCAUUGGAAGGCUUUGCGGGCCUGCCUGGGCUGCCCGAUCCGCACUGGAGCCCUGCUGAUGUUGGCCUGCUUUGCCUGCUUCUUGGUCCCAGAAGAGGCCAGCCUGCGUAUCACUUGGACAUUUGCCCUUCUGGGCCUCUCAGAGGCUCUGAACAUCCUCUUUGGCCUGAAGGACCUGUCCUCAGCUGAGAUCUCUACAAUAUGUGAAAAGAGGAACUUGAAUGUGGCCCAUGGGCUGGCAUGGUCAUACUAUAUCGGGUAUCUGCGGCUGAUCUUGCCAGGGCUACAGACCAGGAUCCAAGCUUAUAAUCAUUGCCACAACAACAUCUUGAAGGGUGAGGGGAGCCACCGGCUGUACAUCCUCUUCCCAUUGGACUGUGCAGUACGUGAUGAUCUGACUAUGGUUGACCGAAACAUUUGCUUUCUGGAUGAGCUGCCUAAGCAAAGCGCCGACCGUGCUGGGAUUAAGCGCCGGGUCUACACCAACAGCAUCUAUGAGCUUAAGGCGAAUGGGCAACGGGCGGGUGCAUGUGUACUGGAGUAUGCCACCCCCUUGCAGACCCUGUUUGCCAUGUCACAGCAUGGCCGAGCUGGCUUUAGCAGGGAAGACCGGCUGGAACAGGCCAAACUCUUCUGCCGGACACUUGAGAACAUCCUGGAUGAUGACCCUGAGUGCCAGCACAACUGCCGCCUCAUUGUCUAUCAAGAACCCUCAGAUGGAAGUGGCUUCUCCCUGUCCCAAGAGAUUCUCCGGCACCUGCGGCAGGAGGAAACGGAGGAGGUAUCCGUGGGCAGCGUGGAGACCACUGAGGCGACUGACUCCUGCACGCUCUCCCAAGAACCCGAGCUCCUCAUCAGUGGCAUGGAGCAGCCACUCCCACUGCGCACAGACAUCUUCUGAGGCCCAGGGUUAACUUGCUGAAAUCCCUGGUGAUUCCCUAAGACCCUGGAUUGGCGUCUUUCAUCUGUGAUCCCUCUUACAGGGACCUUCAGAGUAUGUUCCAGGAUCAGCACAUCAGAAUGAAUCUGUAGCGUUAGGCAAGUUGUUUCACCCCACUGAGCCUCAGUGUUCUCAUCUAUGUGAUGGGAUCAUAAUCUCUGCCUUACCUGCCUCACACAGGUGUUGUGAGAACUGUAAUUACAUAAAUGUGCCAUGUGAAUUUAAA